UGUUUACGCACCGUCGUCUUCCGCAAGAUGCCUUCGAAAAAGAAAAAGUAUAAUGCACGCUUUCCGGCGGGUCGCAUCAAAAAGAUAAUGCAAACGGACGAAGAGGUUGGCAAGGUGGCCCAGGCUGUUCCUGUGAUAAUCUCUAGGACAUUGGAAUUGUUUGUAGAAUCGCUGCUAACCAAAACGCUCAAAAUCACCAACGCACGGAAUGCGAAAACGCUCUCCCCAUCUCACAUGAAGCAAUGCAUCAUAUCGGAGAGUCGGUUCGAUUUUUUGCGCGAUCUGGUCAAAAACAUCCCCGAUAUGGGGAUUAAUGAGGAGCUUUCCGGUUCGGAAACUGGUUACGGUAACGAAGGUACCUCACCGGCAUCUACCUCGACUUCAUCGUCCUCCGUGUCCUACUCGAAUGGAGCAGCAGCCGUAGCAGCUGCAGCAGCAUCGAUCGGCGGUCAUCAUCCGUACGAGGCACAUCCCGCAUCGCUCCAGCGUUCGGAAUCGUACUCGCCGGCAACGGCAACCAUCUCACUACUACCACACCACAGUCAGUCACACGGUCACAAGCGAGGCCUCGGUCAGGGUGGCAGUUUAAACUUCUACAAAGAGAUACAGCUCGAAGGGACGGAGAGUCCACCUCCGCCGAAACUGAACCGGCUUAACUCGGCCCCGGCCGGUGGUGCAUCGACGGCUUUGCCAUUUAAAAUCGACAUACUACCAAACCUCCCGACCGCCGCCGCCGGUAUCACCUCGCCUACCACCAGUAGCCCGCUAACCAAAGGUACGACCGCCCAAACAUCCGGUGCCAUAACGCCACAGAUAACGUACAACUUUGAACGACUCGCGGCACCCUCGACGACAUCGACGACGAUAGUGCCCGCUUCGGCCUCGCCACUCGAACCAGUCAUUAAGCUGGACUAUUCGAACCUAAGAUUACCGGCAACGUCCGCAUCGCCAGACGGAAGCUCGGCACGCACGACCGCGCAGCCCACGAUCAAAAUUGAUCUCAGCAGCAUACCGGCAGCCCGUAGCAGUCCCGCCACACCGGACGGUGGUGGAACGCCGAAAAAACAUACCGAUGGAGCAAUGGGAAAGCAUUACGCUUCAUCCACCAGUACCAGUACCACGGCGACGAUAAACCCCACGGCAAUGCAAAGUCCGGUAUCAGCUGUGGCACCACCGCUUUUCGCGACCCUUUCCUCUACCAUCCCGGGAAUGGAUGAGGAUUAUGACGAUAUUUAA